UGGGCAUUCAUUUCAAGAACUUUUCGGAGCCAAGACGCAGGAUAGAUAGUGUGAAAAAGAACUAAAAAAGAUAGAAAGAGGGCUCAAAGAAGCAGCAUCAAGUCCCGGCAAAGCGGUGGAGCCGGGAGCCAAGGGGGAGCUAUGCCAUCUCCCGCCGAGUGGAGCCCAGUCCUCCUGCGUCGUCAACGCGUGUCGGAGCUCCAGCAUGGUGCCCCUCUCCGGACCCUGGACCCACCGUCUCGCCCCCGGGAGACCCCCGCUGCUGCUUCUGCUCCUCAUUCUUGCCGGCGCCCUCUCGUCGCCGGAGCCGUGCCUGCUGCCGCCGUCGUCGUGCCACAUCCUCGCCCGGAUCGGACACACCGUGCGCCUCGGCGCGCUGCUGCCCGCCCGCCAGCCGGCACGGAUACAGAACGCGCUCAACCGCGCCCUAGCUAGCCUCCGGCACCAGAGCGCCGCCGCCUCCACCUCGGACUCGUCCGCCGGCACCACAACCUCGACCACCCCGGGAACUGGUGGCAACCCUUCACGGGGCGUCCCGUUGCUGCCCUACAACCUCAGCCUGGAGGUGCUGGCUCGCUCCCCGUCCGGAUGGGACCCGGUGUCACUGUACCGGAGCACCUGCCAGGAGCUGGUGGUGCGCGGGGUGUCCGCCGUGCUCGCCUUUCCGCGCUCCACAGAGGAGCUCGUCCAGGUGGAGUUCCUCUCCUCUUUCCUGGAGACCCCUUUCAUCUCCAUCCUGGAGGACACGGAGCCUCUUGUCACCAAGAAUGCAUUCCACCUGCAGAUGUCGGCUCGCGUGCCUCCAUCCUCCCUGGGCGGUCUGCUGCUGGCCGUGCUGCAGGGGGUCGAAGGCGAGAGGGGAGGCAAUGAGGAAGGCGGCUGGGGCGGCGCGGCCGUGCUUUGCCCUGGCUGGGAGGAGGGCAGCGACGGGCUGCUGUCCCACCUGCAGACCCACAGCGGGGCCACCUGGCACCUGUGGGAUGUGGUCAAUCUGACACGGGUCUCAAGCGGCGGACGAGGCGAGGCUAGCGAGGAGAGGCGUGAGGACCAGAAGGAAGAAGAGGUCAUGCGGAUCCUCUCUGCACGCUUACUGCAGGCCGCCUCGCCUGUCUCCAGCGUCCUCCUGCUGGGCUCGGAUCCGGAGUGUCUCUCCUCGGUGCUGCGGGCUGCCCAGCGGCUUGCCCCUUCGCUGCCGGCCCUGCAGUGGAUCAUGGGAUACCCUCUGUCACCAGACUCCCUGCAUACCUUGGGGGGUCCGCUCGGCCUGCUGGCGUACGGGGAGGUUGGGCGCAAGCCCAUCAGCUUCUACAUUCGCGAUGCGCUGCAGCUGAUCGGUCGAGCCGUCACUGUGGCGGCCGUGGCAAGGCCCGAUUUGGCGCUGAUACAGAAUGUGGUCAACUGUUACGACAAACCGACGCGACGAGAACCGCCUUCUUCGGGGCGGUACCUGUCAAGGUUUUUCCCCAAUACCUCCUUCACCGGUGCCACUGGCCUCAUCCAAGUGGACGCCCGUCUCUCUCGAGUACUUUCCUCACAACUCUUCCACGUUUGGAGCCUCAAAAGGGGCGCUCUGGGCCAGCCGGCUUGGGUUACAGUGGGCCAGUGGUCCCGAGGCAGACUGGAGUUGGAGGGCGGCAUCCAUGGUCUGGUUGGAGGCUUCAGCAGCAGCCAGGGUCAAGGUCUCGGCGCUGGGGUGAGGGGUGGUGACAGUCAAGGAGACUUUAACACCGGAGGACGCUGGAGGCCUGGGCUUUCAGUGGAAGGUCACCGUCUGCGGGUGGUGACACUAGUGGAGCACCCUUUUGUUUUUACUCGUGAAGUGGAUGAGGAUGGCCUGUGUCCAGCUGGACAGCUCUGCCUGGACCCCAGGACCAACAGGACAGAUGUAAUACAAGGACUCUUCAACCAGCUCCAUAACCCUAAUGCAUCAGCGGCAGACUGGGACAUCAACGGCCUGCCAGAGGACCUGCGCAAGUGUUGCUACGGCUACUGCAUCGACCUGCUGGAGAAGCUCGCUGAGGAUAUGGGCUUCACCUUCGACCUUUACAUCGUGGGGGACGGGAAGUACGGGGCUAUGAGCAGCAGCGGCCGCUGGACCGGCCUGGUCGGCGACCUAAGGAGCGGCACGGCGGACAUGGCGGUCACCUCGUUUUCCAUCAACUCGGCCAGGAGCAGAGUCAUUGACUUCACUUCGCCCUUCUACUCCACCAGCCUGGGCAUCCUGGUGCGCAGUCGGGACACCGCCGCCCCCAUCGGUGCAUUCAUGUGGCCCCUGCACUGGUCCAUGUGGGUGGGCAUCUUCGUCACGCUUCACCUCACCGCACUCUUCCUCACUCUGUACGAGUGGAAUAGCCCCUUCGGCAUGACCCCCCACGGGCGAAACAGAGUGCGAGUGUUCUCCUAUUCCUCCGCCCUCAACCUCUGCUACGCCAUCCUGUUCGGACGCACCGUCGCCACCAAGACUCCUAAAUGCUGGACGGGCCGCUUCUUGAUGAACCUAUGGGCCAUAUUUUGCCUCCUGGUGCUCUCCAGCUACACUGCAAACCUGGCUGCCGUUAUGGUUGGCGAAAAGACAUUCGAACAAGUAUCGGGAAUCCACGACGACAAGCUGCACCAUCCCUCGCUGGGCUUCCGAUUCGGCACGGUACGCGAGAGCAGCGCCGAGGAUUACAUGAAGAAGAGCUUCCCCGAGAUGCACGACUACAUGCGACGCUUCAACCAGCCUACCACCCCUGAAGGCGUACGCAUGCUCAAGACAGAUCCUCCAACUCUGGAUGCCUUCAUCAUGGACAAAGCCCUGCUGGACUUCGAGGUGUCCAUCGACGCAGACUGUAAGCUGCUCACUGUGGGCAAGCCAUUCGCCAUUGAAGGAUACGGCAUAGGCCUGCCGCAAGGCUCCCCUCUGACCCGCAACGUGUCUGAGUUUGUGAGCCGCUACAAGUCGGACGGCUUCAUGGACAUGCUGCAUGACAAAUGGUACAAGGUGGUUCCCUGCGGGAAGCGUGUCUUCGCUGUGACCGAGACGCUCCAGAUGGGCAUCCAGCAUUUCUCGGGCCUGUUUGUCCUGCUGUGCAUGGGGGUGGGUGGUGCCUUGCUGACCUUGGCGGGCGAGCACACCUUCUACCACCUGGUCAUCCCACGUCUCCGUCGCAGACACACGUUGCAGUACUGGCUUCAUACCAGCCAGAAAAUUCACCGAGCUCUCCACACGGCGUAUGAGGACGAAGACAAAGAACUGACUGGCCUUGAACAAAACGCCUCUACUUGCAUCUCGGAGAACUGCAGCCUUCACAGGAAGCAGCAUCAGCAACCUCCGCCGCCGUCCCCUCCCAAAUCCCUCCCCGCAUCCAGCUCGGCGGCAAACAGCGGCAGCUCCUCAUCACCGUCUCACGAGCCAAAGGAAAAGAGAGUCCACUUUGAUCUGGACACCCUCCAUAGCUACCGCCUGCGCACCCACACCGCCUCGGUGCGGGGACGCCCCGGUAUGGUUGGCCGACCCGGGUUGGGCCUCAGCGGUUUGGGUCUCCCCAGCCUGGGGAAUUUGGGCUUCCAAGCCAACGGGGGCCCCGUUUCUGCGCUUGCGUCCUCGGGAUUGGUGCUGUCUCCUCUGGGUGGCAGGGGAGGCCAGACUGGCCUUUGGGAAGGGGAGCUCCAAGAGCUCCAGGAAAAAAUCGAGAUCUUCCGGAACCAGUUGAGGGAGGCCCUUGCCAGAAGAGCGGAGAUCCAGACAAGCCUGCAGAGGGAGCGCAGCGGGGUGGUGCGCCGAGACACCAGCCUAGAGAGGGAGAGGGACCGGUUGCAGGUCCAAACUAUCAGCACAGACAAGAGCAGCGGCGCCCAGACCGACAGAACCAAUCAGACUCUCAACAACCAGCCUCAGCAGGCCAUUCCUGGGAACAUUGCCUUUGGAAGAAGCGGUCAACUGAACACAGUUGAAAGCCUGGAGCGAGGGCGAUCCCCCCAGUUACGUACGGUCCCCACCACGACGGAGGAACGGAGCGGCCAGUCGCGCACCGCUUCCUCCGCCAGUUUGGACAGAAGUCGGCUCGGCCAAACCGGCGCCGUCCAGUCUGCUCGGAACACGCUGAGUCUUGACCGGCAGAAAGUCAGCCUGACGCGUGUUCUCAGCACUUUGGAGAGGACAAGAGCCAGCCAUUCAGACGCAGGGGGCGAGACUUGAUUUGAUUUGACUUCCUUUUCUGGUGGAGAAAAAACUAGUGCGUAGCCGCGGGAAGACAUAAUUAUUAGAGACAAAAUACAACAGGCUCAUUUUCUACAUCUUCGAGAAAGAAAUCCGAAUAUAAAACACCCCAUUUUUCCACUGGCUUUGAGAAGCACACCAGCAAGAGCACACUUGAAGUAAAAUAAAAUAUUAAUCCCUAAGUGGUGAAUAAAAGUGAGAAUAAUUUCUAUUUCAAACCCUAUGACUUUAAUUUGAUAUUCAUUCCUAUUCAUCCAAUAAUUUGAAUGGUUAUAUAAUUGUGUGAAUGCUGGAAGCACUUCUACAUUCUUCCUCUAAUUUAAACCAACUAACAAUCAUCUCUCAAAAAUUCCCACAUUCAUAUAACUCCCCAUUCUUUUUCAAUGAGACAGUCAGCAAAGAAGUUCAACAUUACUUUCCUGUUUCAUACUACAAAUGUUCAGCUCAUUGAGAACUUUAUAUGCAUUACAAAAAUUCCCACAUUACCCAAAUUCUACAUUAACCCUUAGAUGCACAAGUUACUGGACCUUACAGUCUUCCAUAAGUGGGUCAAAAAUGACCCAUAUUAGAACCAAUGUGUUUUUAUGCCAUUUUGGUGAAAAAUUAUCACUUAUCAAUUAUAUUAAUUAGUAUUA